AUGGACCCUGAGGUGGAUCCUAGGUUGGACCUUCUGGUGUUUCGCAGGCUUAUCUACGCCUCGCUGGUCUUCUCGUUCGCGGGGGCGGUUGCAUUCUUUUAUAGCGCCGCUCAGUACGGGCAUGAUGGUGAUAUGCCCAGUUGCUUCGUAUCCAUCCUCCUCGGGGUUACUUGCAUCUACUACUUCCUCCGGUUGCUCUCCACUUACGUCCAGCUAGAGCUGGAUCCCUCCAGAAUUGACCCAAGUUGGUCCAAUGACCGCAAUGGGCCUCCUGAUCCAGAUUCCAGCGCCGGGGAACGCGGACGGCAACCCCAUGGUCAUUCUUCCCAACCUCCACGUUCUGGCCCUGGACGUAGGGAGUCUUGGACGUCCUCGCGUUAUUCUGAUUCUGCCCACUUUGCCAGUUCUGGUCGAAACAGUCAUGUACUUUUGAUCAUGAUCGUGCUAAUCGCAAUCAUGUGUUUGCAGUUUGUUUCAUCCCGCGGCAACGAAUACUUCUGCGAAAUCGACGAAGACUACCUGACUGACCGGUUUAACCUUACCGGUUUGAACACCGAGGUUUCGUACUACCAAUACGCCCUUGAUCUUGUGACCGACGUUUUCGAUCUUGAUGCGGACGACGAUCUGCGUGAGCAAAUCGAAAAGUCUGCCCGUCACCUCUAUGGCUUGGUUCAUGCCCGGUACAUCGUUACCACUCGUGGUCUUGCCAAGAUGCUCGAAAAAUACAAGAAGAGCGACUUCGGAAAGUGCCCGCGUGUGAUGUGCGAUGGGCAUGCGUUGCUUCCCGUGGGCGAGUCUGAUCUUCCGAACAUCAGCACCGUCAAGCUGUACUGUCCCAAGUGCGAGGACAUCUACAAUCCCAAAUCGUCCCGUCACUCGUCUAUCGAUGGUGCUUACUUCGGUACCUCAUUCCAUUCUAUCCUUUUCCAGGUGUAUCCCGCUCUCAACCCCGAGAAGAGCUGUCGUCGCUAUGAACCCCGAAUCUUCGGUUUCAAAGUGCACGCCGCAGCUGCACUUGCUCGUUACCAGGACAACCAACGUGAGGAUCUGAAGUGGCGUCUCGCCGAGGUCGACAUCAACCACCGAUUCAUCGAGGACAGUGAAAGUGAUGACGACGCGUUUGAGUAUGACGAGGAUUAUGCCGAAACUCACCCGGGGCCAGCCAAAAAUAAUAAGCUCCUCGCCGACACAACUUCCGCUCGCAUGACCACUGCCAAGUAA